UCGUCUACUGGAAAAGCAAUCGAAAAAUGUGCUUCCUCAAUUUUGUUGAUGUCGAAGUCAAGAGCGAUGUUGGAGCUAAAUACCCUGAUGGCUUAUGGCUCGGCGGAGCCCUCUGUACGCCUUCUAUGGAGAUAUCGAUUGCUGGAAAUGCUACUACCAUUCCAUGCAUCGUAUUUCUCCAGGCUGAAUUUCAAGCGACAAGCACGGAGGUCUAAUUUUGCUCUGGAUCUUUUGCGAACUCUGGAUCAAGUAAAUUCACCAGAUAGACCUUGCCAUGGUGCACUUUGGGUUGCACUCGCAGCUUUCCAUCUGGCAGCCGCGGAGCUGUCGCCAAGAACUGUUGUGAUGGCUGCUGCAGCGCUGGCAUGUGGCGAUAGGAAAGGACUACAUGAUGCAGCUCGCCGUGCAAGGAUAGUGUAUGAGAGAAUAGAGACUGAGGCGAGGAAAGCAAGGGAAAAUAUGGAGGAGGAUGCAGAUGCAGCUGCAAUCAAUGAAGAGAGUGAAGAUUCCAAUUCCAGUGUUGGAGCAGUGUCCAGGCCCGAAGAGGCAGGUACUGCAAGCCUGAAGAAUGCUGAACAAAGCCAAAAAAAAGAUUUCGAAGAUGAAAUCAUCGAUAAGGCGGCGGGGAACAAGACUUCUUCAAAAAGUGGUGCUGCUGCAAAGUCAGUAGAAGCUUCUGCACAGAAGGCGGCUGGAGGAGGUGGAGCAGUGUCCAGGCCCGAAGAGGCAGGUGCUGCAAGCCUGAAGAAUGCUGAACAAAGCCAAAAAACAGAUUGUGAAGAUGAAAUCAUCGAUAAGGCGGCAGGAAACAAGAAGACGGCUUCAAAAAGUGGUGCUGCUGCAAAGCCAGCAGAAACCUCUGCACAGAAGGUGGCUGGAAGUUUGAAGCAGAUUGCACGGGAAGCAAGGGCCUUAGGCGGCGAGUCAUUAUCAGCUCUUCGCAAGAUGACGGACGCUUCACUCACAGCAAACGAGAUCUUCGCCCUGACAGGACUCAAGGCACAUGGUCAGGUCAAGCAUUGGAUUGUGUGUCGUCAAUCUGACAUAGCAUCUCAGCCGAGAUCCCCUCGGCAGCGAGGGCUCUAAUAAAAAAGAAGAUCAUCGUAUCCCAGACAGAAUAGAGAGUGACACUGCAUCAACAAAUUUGGCUCCUAGAG